GAAUAGAGGGACCAUUUUGGUAAUUCACUUGAGAAGCAGCUCUCUUGUAUAAGAGAAAGCUAAAUUAAUUUCUUCCAGCAGUUGCAGAGUGAAGCUGCGCCGGCCUACCGGCGACGGAAUGGCAGUAACCGAUUUAUUCGCCGGUGAAAUCGCCGCGGAGCUCCUGAAAAUGCUAAUAUCUAUAUCAAGAGAAUCGUUUAUGUGUAAAUCCAGCGCAGAACAAAUGGUAACGUAUAUACAACAAGUCCUCCCCAUAAUCCAAGAAAUACAGUACUCGGGCGUGGAAUUGUCGGAGUUGCGACAGUUUCAGAUCGAUCGCUUCGUGCAUACUCUCCGCGAGGGCCAAGAGCUCGCCAAAAAAGUCCAGGCCUGCGGCAGAUGGAACGUGUACAGGAAGGUGCAGUUGGCGAGAAAGAUGGAGAAGCUAGAGAAGAACAUCCUCAGGUUCUUGAAUGGCCCCCUGCAGGCCCAUAUUCUGGCCGACGUCCACCACAUGCGGUUCGAGUCAGCAGAGAGGUUCGACCGGCUGGAAUUUUCGGCUCGGCGGCUCGAGGAGCAGCUUGGAGGCAUGAAGAUCGGGGUUGGUGGCGGAGGGUGGUUGGCGGAGGCAGUGAAGCGAGGGGGGGAGGAGGAGGAGAGUUGCGAAGGUUUGACAAGUAUGGGGGUUGGGAUGGCUUUAGGGAAGAAGAAGGUGAAGGAAAUGCUUAUUGAUAGAGACGAUCUGCGGGUUGUUGGGAUUCAUGGGAUUGGUGGCAGUGGCAAAACUACUGUUGCCAAGGAGAUUUGCAGAGAUGGAGAAGUCCGAAGCUACUUUGAUGACAGGAUUCUGUUCCUGACUGUGUCGCAGUCCCCAAACGUGGAGCAGUUGAGGUCUCAUAUUUCGGAAUAUAGUGAAGGGAAGGACAUGACUAAUUCCCAUGGUCCCAUUCGACGAUGGAAGUCACAAUUUGAGAGGAGGAUUAGAGUACGUACACUUGUGGUUCUGGAUGAUAUCUGGUCACUCUCAGUGCUCGAGCAGCUGAUUUCCAGAAUACCUGGAUGCAAAACCCUUGUUGUUUCACGGUUCAAAUUCCCAACCGUCCUCAACCUCACCUAUGAGCUGGAAUUGCUGAGAGAAGAUGAAGCUAUCUCCUUGUUCUGUCAUGUUGCUUUUGGGCAGAAGUCCAUACCUCUUUCUGCUAACGAGAAUUUGGUCAAACAGGUUGUGCGCGAGUGUAAAGGGCUUCCUUUGGCUCUUAAAGUGAUUGGAGCUUCACUUAGAGACCGGCCCCAAAUGUUUUGGGCAAGUGCAGCAAGCAGGCUAUCACAAGCAGAACCCAUUUGUGAGUCCCACGAAACGAAAUUGCUUGAACGAAUGGCAGUUGGUAUUGCUGACCUGCCAAAAAUGGUUAGAGAAUGUUUCUUGGACUUGGGAGCCUUUCCGGAGGAUAAGAAGAUUCCUCUUGAUGUUCUAAUCAACAUCUGGGUUGAGAUCCAUGAUCUUUUUCAGGAUGAUGCUUUUGCAGUUCUUUAUGAGCUUGCAGAAAAGAAUCUCCUUUCCUUGGUGAAUGAUGCAAGAGCUGGGGACAUAUAUAGCAGCUAUUUUGAGAUCUCUGCUUCUCAGCAUGAUGUUUUAAGAGAUCUUGCCCUUUACAUGAGCAAGCGUGAGAGCAUAAAUGAUCGAAGGCGUUUGCUUAUGCCAAGGAGGGAAACAAGACUUCCAAAAGAAUGGGAGAGGAAUAUGGACCAGCCAUUUAAUGCCCAAAUUGUUUCAAUUCAUACAGGUGAAAUGGGAGAAACAGACUGGUUCCAGAUGGACUUGCCCAAGGCCGAGGUUCUUAUCCUCAACUUCUCCUCAAGUGAAUACUUCUUACCUCCCUUCAUUAAUCGGAUGCCAAAGCUUCGAGCUUUAAUAUUAAUCAAUUACAGUACCUCAACGGCGAUUCUGAAUAAUGUAGAAGUAUUUUCCAAAUUAACUAACUUGAGGAGCCUCUGGUUUGAGAAGAUUUCUAUCCCAGAGUUUCCCAAAGCUACUAUCCCCAUGAAAAGCUUGAAGAAAAUAUUUCUAGUUCUCUGCAAAAUUGCCAACAGCCUUGAUCAGUCUGUUGUAGACCUGCCCCAGAUGUUCCCUUGCCUCGCAGAGCUCACAAUGGAUCAUUGCGAUGAUUUAUGUGAGCUUCCUUCAAGCAUUUCAAGGAUGCACUCGCUUGAAUGCAUGAGUAUCACCAACUGCCACAGCCUCCAAGAACUGCCAGCCGACCUGGGAAAACUGAAUUCCCUACAAAUUCUUAGGAUUUAUGAUUGCCCAAGUCUGAAGACGCUUCCUCCUGGCCUAUGUGAAUUGAAGUGUUUGAAGUAUCUUGACAUUUCCCAGUGUGUUGGUCUGGAAUGCCUUCCUGAAGGAAUCGGUGGAUUGUUAAGGUUGGAAAAGAUUGACAUGAGGAAGUGCUCACGGAUAAGAAAUCUACCAAAAUCUGCUGCCUCAUUGCAAUUGCUGCGUCAUGUGAUUUGUGAUGAAGAGAUUUCUUGGUUGUGGAAAGAUGUGGAGACGGCUGUACCAGGUGUUCAUGUGGAGUUUGCAAGGGAAUGCUUUGAUCUGGACUGGCUGGUGGAGUGACCAAGGUUUAUGACUUGUAUUUACUAUUAUUGUUGUCCUAGAGUAAAUAUUUUCUUUCAUCCAAUGUAAAUAAUUUUCCUCUUGGAAAUUUAAAUGGAAAGGGGGGAGAGUUUAGUGAUUACUCCUCCAUUCUACUGUAUGGCA